UAUUCUUAUCCAUUCUUAUUCCUCUCUCGGUCAAGAGACCUCUGUCCUUUGCUCUCUCGAUACCAAUGGCAUCGAUAUCGGCAGCUCGGCCGCCAUCUACAGCCCUCAUGCACAACGAUUCGAACCCUAGCCGAUAUCCUUCUCACUUUCCUAGGUUUAUCGCGGCGGCCCCUCGGUGCCCGCUGUCCCCUCCAAAGAGGUCGGAGUUGGGUCUCUGUCGUUGUCGCAAUCCUCUUUCGGGUUCGCCGCCAUCGGGCGACGAUGGUGGUUGGAAGAGAUUGGACUUGCUUUUGCAUGACGUCGUGAGGGGCGCUGUGAAGAGGCUAGAAGAUUGUGUGAAUUCGUUUCGUCAAUUGUCCGAUAUGGGCGGCUUGCAGCUGGGCAGUGCGGGCGUGGGUAAGAAGGGAGAGGCAGCAGUGGCAGGGGAAGAGGUGGAAGGGAAGGGUUGGGACUGGAAACGAUGGAAGCGACAUUUUGCUGAGAUUGAAGAACAGGAGUGGAUUGCCUCAGUGUUAAAGAUGCAGUUGAGUGAUGCUGUUGCUAGAGAAGAUUAUGAAGCUGCUGCCAAGCUCAAGGUGGCACUUCAUGCUGCUAACAAAACUGAUACUAUAGGCUCUGCAAUACAUGAGUACAAUAAAGCGAUUGCAGAGGAGAGGUACAAUGAUGCGGCUUUUCUUCAAGAUAAUGCUGGCACAGGAUUGUUAGGAUGGUGGGCUGGCAUUUCAAAAGAUGGUGCUGAUACCUAUGGUCGAAUUGCACAUAUAAGUGCAGAACACGGAAGAUACGUAGCCAGAAGCUAUAGUUCAAGGCAACUUGCUAUGUCUCAACCUGGUUCUCCAUUAUUCGAAAUUUAUUUCACUUGUGAUGAUGAAGGCUACAAGCAGCAGGCAGUCUAUCUGAAGCGAAACAGGGGGCAUACUGCAAACAUAUCAAAGAAGUCCUCAAACAGGUCAACUCAGAGUUUAAGUGAAAGUAAUGGCUCAACUGAAGAACCUACUGAUAUAUCUUCUGAAGAUGUUAAAACCAUUGAAGAAGUUGAUGAUAAUUCUGAUUGGAUUGGGCUGUCAGGCAUCAAAAACAUUUUGCAGGAUGUUAUCCCUGGUGUCAAGGUCAAAGUCUUAAAAGUGGUAGCACCAGGGAAGGUUGAUGGAGAUCUUAUUUCUAAAGUUAUUGAACAGAUAAUAGAGGAAGAUGAAGACAGCGAUGGAGAUAUACAAGAUUCUGCUGAAGAAUAUAUUAAAUCAGAAAGUGACAUUGAAGAAGUUGAGAUGGUUGGUGGUAAUGAAACUAGUGAUACAACUGAAGAGCAAAGUGAAGUCUCGGUGAAAUUUGUGAUAGGUAGUCUUUUAGAAAAUAUAGCUGCUGAUGCGACUUCUAAAGAUCUUGUUCGUGUACCAGCUGAGUUAGAGAUAAGGGACAAUCUAUCUUUUUCUUUUUCUGUCAAGAAAGAAGAUUUGCAACCUGAAACUGACGCUGGACAGGCUUCACAGAACAAAAUUGUUUCCCGUUCUUUACAAAGGAGUUCUGAUCAUGCUAGGUCUGAUCUCCCUAAGGUCUUCGUCUCUAAAGAGAAAAUGCCUAUUAAGGUACUUGUUGAUAUUGGAGAAUUGAUUCGCUUGUCUAUCAAUCAUAAUCAAAAUCAGCUAUUGGUCGGGACUACACAUUUUAACCGUAUUGAGAUACCAACAACUUUGGAUCCUCUUAGUGGGUUGUACAUUGGUGCUCAUGGCAUGUACACCUCUGAGCUUCUGCAUUUGAAACGGAGAUUUGGUCAGUGGCAUGAAGAUGAUGGAGCUAAAAAGCCCAAGGAUUUGGAGUUUUAUGAGUAUGUUGAAGCCUAUAAAUUAACUGGGGUUCUUUCUAUACCCGCUGGAGAGGUUGUUUUCCGUGCAAAAGUCGGAAAGAAAAAUCAACUUCCUCAUAAAGGGAUAAUACCUGAAGAAUUUGGCGUGAUUGCUAGAUACAGGGCGCAAGGGAGGCUUGCUGAUCCUGGAUUUCAAAAUCCUCGAUGGGUUGAUGGAGAGCUUGUUAUUCUUGAUGGGAAGAACAUCAGAGGUGGCCCUAUUAUUGGAUUCGUUUACUGGGCUCCUGAACAUCAUUUCUUGGUAUUCUUCAACCGAUUAAAGCUUCCAGACUAGAUCAUUUCUAGAAACGGAAGAGUAAGAGACUGCUCAAUUUCAAGUUUCAAGAUAGGAUUGAUGGCAUCUCUGUUUAAAGUAGAAGGCUUCAGAACAGGUCUUGCCAGAUAUAAUAUGCUUCUGAUGCUGCACAUGUGGCUCGGUAUUCCUUUCAUGGAGUUAUAAUCAAUGCUGCCUUGAACAGUCUUCAUGAUCCCUCUUAUAAAUUUCGUUUUCUAGCUGAGUUUGAAGUUGCUUCUCAAGUCCAGGUGCUGUUUGGUAAUAGCAGCUUUUAAAAGCUUAGGCUGUAUCUUCUUCGGAUCAGCCUGCCAUUUCUCCCCCUUUCUUGCAGUCAUUCUCAGGUCUUCUCAGGUAUAAAUUAUGGCUUCUUCCAUGUACAGUGUUUACCUGCUUGCUUAGUGUUAUUCUUCUCAACAACUUAGGUCAAGAAAUGUAAAGAUCCCGCACUGUAUUUGAUCAUAAUAUUUAGAGAAUAAUUCUCUUUAUUAAGUAAAGCAAAAUAGAGCCUCAGCUGAGAAUUAGGCUUCGUUUA